AUGUACGGUGAUUAUGGGAAAGCUAUAUCAUUUUAUAAACUUGGUAUUGAUCAGUUAAAACGUUAUUGUCAAACACUACAGAAUGCCACUGAAAAACGCCGUGGUUUAGACUGUGUUGCAGAUCUUGAAAAAGAAUUACAAUCAGCACAUCAACACGAUCAGUUAGUAGCGGAAAUAAAUGAUAAGCUUUCGUCACAACACAGCAUUGGUGGUUUGAAUCAUUCUCCUGGUCCUGGUGGAAUGGGAUAUGGCUUCGACGCAGGAGGACACAGAGAUUUGAAUAUUUAUGGUGCUUAUGAUGAAAGACCGACACGUGAUCAAGGAUUAAAACAGUUUGGUGCGGCACCGUUUCAGCCACCAGUUGCCCGAUUCCAAGAUAAGCCAAAAGAUGCAAAGUUUGCACCAGCACGUAAUAACAAUCCAGUAGCUGUUCGAAGAGCUGGUCAAAACACGCCACAAGCAGAACAAAAACAAAAACGUGGAGCGCAGAAUAACAACAACAAUGAGAAAAAAUUUGAAGGAAAAAAUUUUGAAAAAGAUCUUAUUGACGCAUUAGAACGUGAUAUCGUACAAAAAAAUCCAAAUGUUCGUUGGGGUGAUAUUGCUGGUUGCGUAGGUGCAAAGAAACUACUAGAAGAAGCUGUUAUUUUACCAUUGUAUAUGCCAGAUUUUUUUAAAGGAAUACGACGACCGUGGAAGGGAGUCUUAUUGUUUGGUCCACCUGGCACGGGAAAGACUAUGUUAGCAAAAGCAGUUGCUACUGAAUGUAAAACAACGUUCUUCAAUGUCGCCUCCUCAAGUUUAACGUCAAAAUAUCAUGGUGAAUCUGAAAAAUUAGUACGAUUAUUAUUCGAAAUGGCUAAGUUUUAUGCACCAUCAACAGUAUUUAUCGAUGAGAUUGAUUCUUUAUGUUCACGCCGUGGCACCAGUAAUGAACAUGAAGCAAGUAGACGUGUAAAAUCAGAAUUAUUAAUACAAAUGGAUGGUGUUUCCGGUGCUCUCGGUGGAGAUGAUUCGACGAAAAUGAUUAUUGUCUUGGGUGCUACUAAUCAUCCAUGGGAUAUCGAUGACGCGCUAAGAAGACGAUUAGAAAAACGAAUAUAUAUCCCGUUGCCUGACAAGGAUACAAGAAAGCAAUUAUUAGAACUUAACCUGAAAGACGUCCCAGUAUCUGAAGAUGUUAAACUUGAUGCUAUAUC